UUCAGGACAAAACUUGGAACCGAACAGUAAACAGCAAGUGAAACACGGCAUCAUUGCAAAAUCGUCAAAACGUCAAUUUUUAUUAUUUUCAAUCCGUGCUCAAGCAACUCAACACCGAGGAGUUUUUCCCGUUUUCCUUGGCAUUGGCAGUGCAAAGAAAAGUGGUGAAAAUUGAAAAAUUGCAGGUUUAGUUUACGUUCGUUUGACCCGGCUGGAAGACCUUUUGGAAAUCGGUUGUGUCUGAUCGCGGUUGGUUACAUCGCCUAAUGUUUGUGGUCCGACAGUGCAGGCGGAACUAAAGAAGCCAGCACCCAACUCGGCAUGAGUAGUGAUGAAAAUGGAAAAUCUACGGCGACGAGUGCAUCAUCGUCAUCUUCGUCGGAUCCUGCUGCAGCAGCGGCAGCAACAGGGAAGAAGAGAAAAUACAAAGUUAUCAUAAUCGGUGCUGGUAUGGCUGGAUUAUCCUCGGCGAAUCAUUUGAUUAAAAAUGGAUGUUCAGAUUUUGCUAUUUUGGAAGCGCGAGGCCGGGUUGGCGGAAGGAUCAUCGGCAUUGAUAUGGGGUCACAGAAGGUGGAGCUGGGUGCAAAUUGGAUUCAUGGCGUUCUUGGCAAUCCUAUGUUUGAACUUGCAAUGCAGCACGGUCUUAUCAGUAUCAUCAAUAUUCCGAAACCGCACAAAGUGGUCGCAGCUUCUGAGGACGGCAAACAAGUGCCUUUUCAGGUCCUACAAGAAAUCUACGAAGCCUACGUUUGCUUUCUGCGACGAUGUGAGGAAUAUUUCCUUUGUCAGUAUCUUCCUCCCCCGGAUAUUCACAGUGUUGGGGAGCAUAUUAAUUUGGAAGCAGAAUUGUAUUUAAAUAAUGUUGACGACUACAAAGAUAAACAUCUUAAGAAAUUGAUAUUUGAAUGCUUGCUAAAGCGAGAAACGUGCAUCACCGGCUGUCACAGUAUGGAUGAAAUUGACUUACUGGAAUUGGGAAGUUAUACCGAGCUACAAGGAGGAAACAUUGUGUUGCCUUCUGGGUACAGCUCUAUUCUGAAGCCGCUAUGUGAUACACUCCCCAAAGAAAACAUAAUCCUUUCGUGUCCAGUACGAACAAUCCACUGGAAACGAAAAGGCCGGGUUUCUUCAGGCAAUAACAGUUCAGACACCAUCCUAGAAGAGGAUGAAGAUGACAUCGACUCGGAUGAUUCCGACAAAACAGUGACGGAAGUGCCGAUCGGCGACAAUCCCACCACUAGUGAUAACGUUGAUGAUAGCUUCAAGCAUUGCACGUCGAACGUUCAAAUAGAAUGCGAAAACGGUACUAUUUUCGAAGCAGAUCAUGUGAUCUGCUCUAUCCCGCUUGGUGUGCUUAAAAAGCAUGGGCAAACAAUGUUUGUACCGAGCUUACCGCAAUACAAACUCGAAUCGAUUGAUUCUCUAUUGUACGGAACUGUAGAUAAAAUCUUCCUAGAAUAUGAUCGGCCUUUUCUCAACGCUAAGGUUAGCGAAAUAAUGUUCCUGUGGGAGCACAUCGACCCAGAACCUAACGUUGACGAGGAAGAGUACCUGAAAUCGAACUGGUACAAAAAAAUUUACUCAUUCUCCAAAGUAUCGGACACCCUGCUGCUGGGAUGGAUCUCUGGCCGGGAAGCGGAAUACAUGGAACGCAUUUCGCACGAAGUGGUUGCGGAAAAGUGCACGGAAAUCCUCCGAAAGUUCCUCAAGGACCCGUUCAUUCCUAAGCCAAAGCGGUGCGUGUGCACCAGUUGGAGCAAGCAGCCUUACAGUUGCGGAUCUUACACCGCCAUUGCAGUUGGUUCCUCUCAGGACGAUAUAGACAAUAUCGCACAGCCACUCUACUCUAGUCCGCAUCAGUCAAAGCCGUCGGUGCUAUUUGCCGGAGAGCAUACUCACUCCAACUUCUACUCAACGGUGCACGGUGCUUACCUUAGUGGCCGAACAGCCGCGCAGAUCCUCCUAACGCCUGACUCACCGCAGGAAAUAGUGAUGGAAUCGGAUACCAGCGAUCUUAGCUCCUGGAUCCAAGGCAUCGCUUUAGAGUAAUAAAAUGGAUGACGACGAAAGCUCCCAGUGAUUUCUCUGUAAUUUAUUGUAGUUUUAGCAUUUGCAGUUUGCCUUUAUAUUUCCAUUAUUGGCGCGGUCAUUUAUGUUGUAUUCAUUGUUUCGUACUAUACAAGUUCUGUGCACGAUACCAA